AUGUUGCGAGACCAAAAUGUCACUGUUGACAAUAACGGUGGGAGCUAUGGACCUCCGGUGAUUACAACGCCUGAUGGUUGUAUUGGGGGUUAUCAGGUAGAUGCUAGCGGUCAUAGUUAUCCUAUUGCACAACCUACAAAGGGAUCACAUGUCAAUUCUCCAGACGGCGAGAAUAGCCAGCCAUCUGCUCGACCUACACUGGGAUCACCAGGCAACUCUCCAUCUGGCUAUGAGACCGGCCAGCUUCAUAUUCCUACGCCAGCUGCAGAAUCACAAGGAAGCUCUCAACCAGAACAAGGCAAUAAGCAGCCUUCUGUUCCAGGUCAAGGCUCAUCGGAGCCCAACAAUGGCGAGCCUCAACCAACACAAGGUGAUGCAACCCAGACAGCUAUCUCCGCACACCAAUCUGGUACCCUAGUAAAUCCUUUACUGUCAUCGUCUAUUUUUCAGGGCCAGCAAGGCAUCUCAACGACCUUUACUACCGAAGCAAGUAUUACCGAAGAGAUACAGGCACCCAAGUCCACACACAAUCAUUUAUCGGAAGCUGAAGAGGCACCAUCUGCACCAGUCACUAUUUCAGGAGCCAACAGACAUCAGUGCAUGGUUUGGACAUUGGUCGCUGCAGCCCUCCUUGGGUUAGGAAUGUUGUUCUAG